CUCCCGGCCCGUGCGGUGUGUUUGUUGUCACCAAGAUGGAGUUUCUCCUGGGGAACCCGUACAGCACUCCUGUAGGACACUGCAUAGAGAAAGCCACAGAUGGCUCCCUCCAGAAUGAAGACUGGACGCUCAAUAUGGAGAUUUGUGAUAUCAUUAAUGAAACCGAGGAAGGGCCCAAGGAUGCUGUAAGAGCAUUGAAGAAGCGGCUGAAUGGCAAUAAAAAUUUCCGGGAGGUGAUGCUGACACUGACAGUUUUGGAGACAUGUGUGAAAAAUUGUGGUCAUCGCUUCCAUGUUCUUGUUGCCUCUCGGGAUUUCAUUGAUGGUGUUCUUGUCAAAAUAAUUUCUCCAAAAAGCAACCCACCUACUAUAGUGCAAGAAAAAGUUCUUGCUUUGAUUCAGGCCUGGGCAGAUGCAUUCAGGAGUAGCCCUGAUCUCACGGGCGUGGUGCAUGUCUACGAAGACCUGAAGAGGAAGGGUGUUGAGUUCCCCAGGGCAGACCUAGAUGCCCUGUCUCCCAUCCAGGUGCCACAGAGGUUCGCUAUGCCAAGUGCCCCGAAUGGGGACCAGUCUACCUACAAGUACAGCCCCCCUCCACAGUCCUCAGUCGGCACUGCAACAGCCCCACCCUUGUCUGCAUCUCUUUCCCCCGCCUAUUCGACACCGCAGAUCUCCAGCACGCAGGAUUCUGGGCCCAUCGUUCCCAACUCAGAACAGAUUGCCAGGCUACGCAGUGAGCUGGACAUCGUGCGUGGGAAUGCCAAGGUGAUGUCAGAGAUGCUGACAGAGAUGGUGCCUGGACAAGAGGAUCCCUCUGAUCUUGAUCUUUUGCAGGAGCUGAACCGCACCUGCAGAGCCAUGCAGCAGAGGAUAGUUGAGCUUAUUUCCCAUGUUUCCAAAGAGGACAUCACAGAAGAGCUGCUGCACGUAAAUGACGACCUAAACAAUAUCUUUCUACGAUAUGAAAGGUAUGAGAGGUAUCGGUCAAGCAGGGCAGCUCAGACUGGCAACAAUGGGGUCCUCAGUGAAGCAACAGAGGACAAUUUGAUUGACCUCGGGCCAGGGUCACCUGCUGUGGUCAGUCCAAAGAUCAGUGCCGCCCCGCCAUCCUCUGUGACCGCCGCAGCCCCUGGCCCCAACUUGACACCCUGUUCGCUCUCUUCUCAACUUGCUAGGCUUGAUGUGGGUGCAAAGAGCGUAAGUGGUACGUUGAGUUCUCUCCGCAGCUGUAACCAGCAGGAUGACUUUGAUGUGUUCGCUCAGACCAGGAACAGUUCUCUUGCCGACCCCUGCAAAAAUGCAAAGACCGAAGGCAUUCCGAUUUCAGCUGCGGAUGGAAGGCAACUAACCUCUGGAGAGCUGAGAUUGAAAGGUGGUAACACAGACAUGGAGCCAAUAGACAGCUGGCUAAUAACCCAAGGAAUGAUUCCUGUUGCGCAGUCCUCUGUAAUGGAUGACAUAGAGGAGUGGCUCUGUGCUGACGUGAAAAGUGACGAAGGUGAAGGGGUUACAAGUGAAGAGUUUGACAAGUUUCUGGAAGAGAGAGCGAAAGCUGCUGAGAGGUUACCUAGUUUACCAUCACCUCCUGGUGGAGACCCCGCUCUCUCUGUCCGUGCACCCAGCGGCCAUCGCAAAGCAGCAGACGGCUCUGAAGAUGCUCUGUUUGCUUUGUGAACCUUUGCUCUUGAUCAGCCCCAUGGCUUUGCUUCCCCCUGAUAUCAUGCUCCAUUCAUGGCAGGGCACACUGCUACAUUCUGGGAGAUGUACAAAACCAAUCAUAGGGCUCCUUUUGACAUAGUUUCCUACGUAUUCAUUCUUCUUUACCUCCCCUUCCUGUUGAACAUGAUUUCCUCCCAAACUCUGUCUGCCUCCUUUGCCCCAUGACUGGAGAAUCUAUUAAUCAAUAGGCAUGUUGACAUUUUUUUUUACAUUGGGUUAAUGUUUUUUGUUUAUUUCCCUUUAAAGUUUUUGGGGAAUUUUAUAUCUAAAAAUUGCCAUAGAACUACUGGAAUACAUUUAUUUCCUUAAUGUACUUUUACGCAUUAACAGUUCCCUUGUUUGUAGGUUGUGUAUUGGUAAAUUUAGUAGCAAUUUCCUGAGAAAUGGGUGAAGAAUAAAGGGAAAUGCAGUAAGUCUGCCUGCAUCCUCCUUACAUUGUGAAAGUGUGUCCACUUUUAAUAAUUUGCUUGUUUGUCUCUAGACUGGUGUGUGGUAGUGUGUAGCAGUCCAGACUACUGCAUUUAACCACUGAAAAGGGAAUUUAAAAAUAUAGAUAUCUAUUUUUUUCUGCCUUUUGGUGCAUUACUGUAAAUACCAAUGGAGUUACUAUUUAGUCAAGAAGACUGAAUAUUUACUUUGAAUUCUCUUAGCCACUAGUUCAGUUUGGGCCAUAAAUAUUUUAAAACAAGCGGAUAAUGCUUGCUGUCCCCCGAAAAACUUCAUGUUUUUUAAAUUUAAUUUUUAGUUCAGAAUGUCUCAGAUGUGUUUAAAUAAGGUGUGGCUGCUGGUUUAUGUACUGCAGUUCAUAAACUUGCUUGGAUAUUUAUUGUCUCUGUUCGUAUAAGGUAUCAGUGGUGCAAUUGCUUUAUGUUUUAAAAGAAAAAGAUGGUUACUUGGAUUAUGGUGAUAUAGAGCAUUAUAACUGACACUGCUUUAUUUAUUGAUAUAAUCAGGUAGGAGUUAUUUAACAAUGUGAAAUCUGACAUGUCACUCUUAUGAUUCAUGUUUAUUUUUGCAGAAACAGCAGAAUAACAUGCCUUAUUAAAGAGAUCAGCAAAAACUUUGUGUUGUGAGUUUUUGCUUGGAAUAUUAGAAUUCCUCUUUUCAGA